AUGGAUAUAUUUUCAUGCUACAAAAAAGAUGAUAUACCUUUUGUUCGGAUUUCUGCUCCUAUGGUUCGAUAUACAAAAUUACCAUUCCGUUUACUACUUCGAAAACAUAACGUUGAUUUAGUUCAUACACCCAUGAUACUGGCUAAUUCAUUUAUUCGAUCAGAGAAAGCAAGAAAUGUUGAGUUUACAACUUGUUCAAAUGACCGACCGUGA